CCGCCGUAUCUAAUUUUUAAUGAUGCCUAUACCAUAUCAAUUGCUACAUUUCCGCAAUUCCCGCUCUUACCCCCGGAGCUCAGAGCCCGGAUUUGGACCGAAUCCGUCUCUCAACCACGGUUUCUCCAUAUUCACUUGCACGAUCGUUCAGUUGACAACAAUACCAACAGGCAGGAGAAUCCCUCAGUAUCCAAAAUACCUCGAAAGCUAUAUACCGUGAAAAAUAAAUUGGGCAAUAUAAUCAGCACAUAUCCCUAUGGUAUAAAAAUUGCCCCAUCUGAAGGAUGGUCACCGACUGCUUUGAGCAGAGUGAACCGUGAGGCUCGAGACAUAUUCCGUCGCCUCCAUCGUAUACGAAUGCCCGUUCCGGUCAUGGGAAACAAUCCAAAAACAAGAUUCCUGCAAAUCUGCCCUGAAAAUACGAUUAUUUGGAUUGCCCAUGAUAUGCAGGAUGCUGACCGACUCACACUUCCGUCUUUGCUUCACGACAUGAUGGCCUAUGACCCUCGUGGUAUUGGCAUCACUCAGUUAGCUCUUGGGGACAUGAGACACCUGAAUUCCUACAAACUGGGCGAUUUGCAUCCUGACGAGCUCCCACCGCCUCUACAACAGUCUCUAGCUAAGCUCCUCUCCUCCAGUUUGGAGGCUUUCUACUCUGUCAUUUCACCCGACUGUGGUGCGCGCGCCACUUUAGGGAUAUUCACCUUUAGACAGGCCCAAUUUCAUCAUAAUCGGUCAGUGCCGUUGUUUUCUAGUGCAAAAUCAUAUACGCGGCUAGAACGCGACCCGAGAGAUAUCCACAUGGACUUGGAGCAUGUUGGCGUAUACAGCGAUCCGCGACGAAACAUGUUUUCAUGGAACAAGUUCAAAGCUAAUUUUGGGGAGAAGAGGAAUAUUCCUGUGAGAUAUCUUCUAUCCAUUAUGCCCUCUAUGGAUGAACAGGCGAUUGUCAGUCGGAAAGCCUUUGUUGACUACCUGCAAGCGGACGACGAGGCGUGGGAGAAGUGGACAGGCAUAUCCAAUAAAAAUAUUUGGGGUGACCGAAUGACUGAGAAAGAGUAUAUGAAUCAGAGGACAUCUCUACCGCAGGUCGCUGGCCUUUGGAAUUUCCCAUUGGAAGCUUUUGGGGAUGUGCCUGACGCAGAGAAUGUUGCCCUGAUGGACCCUGGAGCAUGGCAACUUAAGAUGCUUAAGAAUCUAUCCAAUUACCAUCCGGAGCUCUGGGCUUUUCAUUUACAUUGAAGAAACUUUACACAAUUUUCCAUGUGUUAUAUUUACUAGCUAAUCUAUUGGCGGGUGGACGGCCCUACAACAACCACGGUGGUUCUCCAUAUGCGGCUCAGAGAGAUUGCAUAGAUGCAAACGACGUACGAACCAAAAUUUCGAUGUAGUUUUGUUACGUAAAAUAAUCCGAAUAUACCAAUGCGUAUUGCUUUACAUUAUGUGACAGUCAAUGCUCUGCUCGAGUAGCAGCAAUAUCCUUGGGGAUGACUGGCUUACAAAU